AUGACAAGGGUCGGCUACAUCAUCGUGCUCUUCUUCUUCGCGCUCUCCAUGCGGGACGUCUUCACCCGGGAGCACAACCACGACGAGGACGAGCACGACGAGUUCCAGAAGGAGUUUGGGGAUGAGGAUCACGGAUAUUCUGAGGGCACUGAAGACGAGCACAUCCAGGUCCGGGAGCAGACGCAGUUUAUCCAGCCCAAGCCGAUUCUCGGUAACAAGGAGCUGCCGCCGUUGAAGUUUUCGUUCUGCGUCUCCUGCGGCUACCGUCAAGCCUUCGAUCAGUACUCCCAAAUCGUGCGCGAGAAAUACCCGAGCAUCCAAAUCGACGGCGAGAACUACCCGACGGCCGCGUGGAAAGGCUAUUUUGCUCAGUUCCUCGGCAUCUUCAAGAUGAUGAUGAUCGCCUCCGUCAUCUCGGGGUCGAACCCGUUCGAGCGGAUGGGCUUCGGAUAUCCCGGCGUUUUGCAGUGGGCUCAUGGGAAUAAGCUCUCCGCCUGCAUGAUGAUGUUCUUGUUGUCAAAUAUGCUUGAGAACUCGCUGCUCUCCUCCGGCGCCUUCGAGAUCUACCUCGGGAAUGAUCUCAUCUGGUCAAAGCUCGAGUCUGGACGCGUGCCUGCACCCGCUGAACUUAUGCAGAUGAUCGACUCGCAGUUCGAACUCCAGGGCCUCAUCGCACCGGCCAGCGGCGGUUUCUCCACCAGCUUCGAUCAGGAA